ACGCCCACGCACAGUUCGGUAAAGCGCAUUAAGCGUGAUUUGCCACUGCAUUCCGGCAAUUCAAUUUGGCAGUCAUUUGCAGUCAUAUUUGCUUAAGGUCAAUAUGCUUUUGACUGCGAUUUGGAUCGAAGUGUGCUCGAGGAACUCGUAUAAAUGGAACUUGCGUGACAUGCUGGUCUGUUAGUUCAAUCAUGAAAAUUCAAGGGGAUAGCAAACCAAUAACCAGCCACCUGCUGACCAAGAAGGAGCAUCGCUGCCGCAGUCACAGUCACAGUGAUGACUCCAUGGAUGAGGAGCAGACGAUGUGCAGUCUUGAGUCAAGCAAGAAGAGCAUCAAGGAUUAUCUAAGGAAUAGCUCGCUGCAUGGCCUCAAGUACUUAGCCGAGGAGCGGAUUACGAUAUCGGAGCGCGUCUUCUUUGGCAUAUCUUUUGUGCUGGUCGUUAUCCUAUCGGGCUUCUUCAUUUCAAACAUCUACAUCAAGUGGAGUGCCUCGCCGAUCAUCAUCUCGACGAGCGCCAAGCAACUACUGACCAGCAACAUGCCCUUUCCGGCGAUCACCAUUUGCAAUCUCAACCAGGCGUUGCGCAGUCGCGUUCAGCGCAUUUCGCGAUUCAGCAAUAAUUACACGCUGCUGAUGAGCCUGUGCAACAAGGGUGAUGACCAAACCAUCACAUAUGUUGGCACCUGGAAAUACUUCAAGGCGCUGCUGGUGGAGGUGGCACAGCCCUGCGAUGAGAUGCUGUUGUACUGCAGUUUCGGGUCGCAGAAGGAGACUUGUUCGAUGAUCUUCAAUUCGAUAUUGACCGACGAUGGAUUGUGCUGCACCUUUAAUGCACUGGAUCCCAUCUAUCUGUUUCGCAACUAUUCGGACGAUGUGCGCAUACAGCCGGCAACGGAGUAUUCGCCCUACGAACCCAUCGAUUGGACACCCGAACGUGGCUAUGAAAAAAUACUGCCGGCUUAUUAUUAUCCCAGAAUGUCGGGCGGUACUGGCAGUCGCAUGGGCUUGACUGUGGUGCUGAAUACCUCCACGGCGGAAUAUUACUGCACCAAGUCCAUGGGCAAUGGCUUCAAGGUGCUGGUGCACAAUCCUGCCGAGCUGCCCAAGGUUAGCAACUACGGAUUUGUGGUCGGUGCUGGCCGUGAGGCUAGAAUAUCCGUUGAGCCCGUCUAUGAGGAUGCAACGCCAAGCAUUCGAUCGAUUAAGAAAUCGGUGCGUCGCUGCCUGUUCUCAGAUGAGAAUGAUUUGUCCUUUUAUCGCACCUAUUCGCGCAAGAACUGUGAACUGGAGUGCGAGGCGAAGCUGCUGCUGCGCGACUGCAAAUGUGUCCUCUACUAUCUGCCCCGAAUCGAUCCUAUGGCUCGCAUUUGCGGACCCAAUGACAACAAUUGCACGAAUCGUGUCCAGACCGAUAUUGAGUCAUCGAGAGGGGAGCUGUCCUGUGAGAACUGCUGGCCGGGCUGCUUUGAGUUGACCUACAAGUAUGCCAUGUCCAGCUCACCAAUUAUCGGGGGCCCCAACUAUAAGAGCGGCGAGGAUCUGCCCGAGCAUCUAUUCAAUGCGAGUCGGCACGGCGAGGACAGUGACCUAUCCAUACUCCACUUUUACUAUCUCCACAACAAUUUUCGGAGCACCACCAAAUCCGAAAUGUUUGGCUUCACCGAGUUUCUCUCAAAUACUGGCGGUAUACUGGGUCUCUUCAUGGGCUUCAGCAUCUUCUCGGUUAUUGAGAUCGUCUACUAUGUGACAAUCCGUCCGUAUUGUGCGUCCCGCGCUCUCCGGGAGCACCGUAAGCGCCGGCUGGCGAAGCUUCUUUGGUUAACACCGGUGCGUCGGCAACGACGACGCCGUUUCAUCCGGCCGCAUCCUCGUCCGCCUCCGUACAGUCAGGUGUCGAAUAAAGUCAUCGCUGGCACCGUGGAGCAAAACAAGCAAAGUGUGUGGCAAGUGUUGCGUGGCAUGCGGGAUCCUCUAAUCUAUCCCUAUCUGGACUAG